CUCAGAGCUAGAAGAUGACUCCAUCUCCAUGGGAUAUAAACUUCAAGAUCUCACAGAUGUCCAGAUCAUGGCUCGGCUUCAGGAAGAAAGUCUGAGGCAAGACUAUGCGUCCACUUCAGCAUCUGUAUCCAGGAACAGCUCCAGUGUCUCUCUUCACUCGGGGAAGAAAGGGACCGGCAGUGAUCAGGAAUUCGAUCGCUACAGUCUCGAGGACGAGGAAGAAGAGUUUGACCACCUGCCACCCCCACAGCCGCGCCUCACCCGUUGCACCCCGUUCCAAAGAGGAAUUCCCCACUCACAGACUUUUUCCAGUAUUCGGGACUGCAGGAGAAGCCCAACUUCCCCAUAUUUCCCUUCAAACAAUUAUCAUCAGCAACAGUAUUAUUCUCCUCAAGCCCAAAGUCCUCUUGAUCCGCAACCAAACAGGAUUAAUGGAGACAAACUCCGACGGAGCAUGCCCAACCUAGCCCGGAUGCCAAGCAACCCCACCGUCAACGCCAGCGUUGGCUCUGUGGUGACUGUGAGGAACAGUCUCAGCUUUGACUCUAACUUGCACGGAGCCGGUAAUGGGAUGUCAAGAAUUCAGUCUAGCAUUCCUUCUCCAGGACAACUUCAGCACCGAGUUCACAGCGUGGGACACUUCCCAGUCUCCGUCAGGCAACCUCUGAAAGCCACUGCCUACGUGAGUCCGACUGUUCAAGGAAGCAGCAGCAAUAACACGCCACUGCCCGGCACCUUACAGUUACACUCUAACUCUGGCAUCCCGAUGCCAAACAAGACUGUGAACGCAGGGGUUAUAACGCGCAGUGGUCUCCCGAGGCCCUCCUUGGCCAUAAGCGGGAGCAGCAUCCCUAGGAGCAAGAUUGCACAACCAAUUCGAAGUUUUCUGCAGCCGCCAAAGCCGCUUUCAUCGCUUAGUACUCUACGGGACGGCAACUGGAGAGACGGCUGUUACUGAAAUGGAAGGGACCGGAACGGCAGGCGAGACGGAGUGCUUGAUCCUCUUAAACCCAGCUGGCUGGGUAACUUAAGACUGCGGGCGGGGGAAAUGGCUCACACGACACUGCUUCUUUUCUCUGUCCUUGGUUGCCGAACAUAUGC